ACACACUCUACAUAAAGACAAACUCAAGCGCCAAACAGAACCAUUGAAAUGCCUUUAAGCACAAGGAUUAUGACGCUUAAAGCCAAGAAACCAGACAAGCUUCCAGUUUACGAGCCGAACAUCCCUGAGCCGACAUCUCGAGCAGAGCUUCUCAAAUACUGGAUCAUUCUUACAUUGGAUGAGCGAACUGCCAAUAACGUUCUGUGGCUGUCAGAAGGCGGGUCUAAGGUGUCCCGUAUGACAACUGAGGUGUGUCCUUGCCUCAACAGGCCGGAGAGAUUUGAACACUACCCACAGUUGAUGUGUAAAGAGUCUAUCUGGGCAUCUCGCUGUUAUUGGGAGGUGUCGUGCUCAGGUUGGGUGUUCAUUGGUGUGGCGUACGAGGGUGCUGGCAGAAAGAUAAGCGACGGUCAAUGUGGCUUGGGGGAGAACGAGGAAUCGUGGGCUCUGGGAUGGGACGGGUCCUGUUAUGACGCCUGGCAUGAUGGAAUCAGCAUAAGGGUUUCAGACAUGCCACACUGCAGCACCAUAGGGGUGUAUGUGGACCAGCCGGCCGGUCUGAUCUCCUUCUACACCGUGGAAACGGAAGAAAGUUCCAAGAAAAAGGAUGUGAAACUUAUUCACAGAUUCAAGAAUCCCAUAAAAGAGGGAAUUGUGCCGGGUUUCUGGAUGGGAAGUAACUCGUCGUGUCUAAUCCUGAAGAAAGAAGAAUGAGAUGAAAAAUAUACAGGGUCAGUGUAAAAAUGAUUAAUUCAGUUUUAAAUAAUAAAUGUCAAUAUACGCCCUUUUCACAUGACGUCACGCAUCUUCCGUUCUGCCGCGAAGCAGUGUAUCAUUACAAAAAAAAGCAGUGUAUCAUUACUUCCGCUAGCACUCCAGUUCAUAAGGUGGCGGUAAUGCACCUAUAAGAUGAUUUGCCAACCGCCAGUAAAACUCAAGAAGAAGAAGAAGUUACUUCCGCUAGCACCUCAGAAUGGAGUUUACCAAGUGGCUUGCACAUCUGCCACAAAUACAUCUAGAUGAUGUACAACGUCUUGCAGACAAAUUUUCGCUAACGACAAGAUCAAAGCUAGAGAAAGGAUACAAAUUCUUCUUUGAACAGUACCUGUUUGAUUAUGAAGGUAAGUGUUUUGUUUUCUUUUUGUGUUAGCGAAGGUGCUACGAUAAGUACUUGAAUACGUGUUCUGUCAGUUUUUUUUCCUCACUGUUGUUAAAUUCCAGCGCGACGGCAAAACGGAAGUUCUUCCUCUUCUUGUUCUUCUUGUUUGUUGCAAGACGGAUGUUAUGAUACACUGCUUUGCAAAAAGGUGGAAGUUAAGUGACGUCAUUGUGAAAAGGGCGUAUUGCUACAGGGAGACCGGGAUGUCUUGUAACACAUUAUUAUGAUGUCCAUGCUACACUACAAGCUUUAAUGAACCUGGCGAAUCUUUUACGUCAUGUUUCUUGUAACGUAAUGAUUUUAAUGGGAUCAUGGGUAAAUAUUUAGAGGGUCAGCUCUGACUACUAUAUUCUUUACUUCUGGACAAUAUAUGCAAUCUGUUGAAAAAUCCUUGGAUCAUUGAUUGUUUUUAGUGUAGAAAAGCCAUCAGUAAACUGCCUUUAGAUCAUUUCUCUGUUGUCAGAUCACACUGAAGUACAUUGCAGUACGUUGGGGAAGUUUGUAAAAUCUGUGAUACUUGUAAAAAAUGUUUUUGAUCAAUAUGUUAUUAUAAAAUGUGCUUUUCAGGUUGUUUUUCAACUAUUCAGAAUGAUUGGCUAUUUAGAUUUCAAGAUUGCACAUUUGUAAACCCUACACAUUCUUGACAUUAAACAAGUAAAAAAUAAAA